AUGUCGAGCAGCACAGCAGCGACCGCGGCCCCAACCGGGCUUACCUUAGGCAUACUAGACUUAUCUAUAAUUGCCAUCUUGUUAGGCACUUCAGCAGUUAUUGGAGUAUACUUAAGUUUCCUUUCAAAAGGCAAGAACCCCACCGAUGAAUAUAGGCGAGGCUGCAGACAGAUGAAGGUGCUUCCCAUCGCCAUAUCAUUGAUAACGAGUCAGCUAUCCGGUAUGGCUAUAAUGUCUGUGCCUGGCGAAGUAUAUACCUAUGGCAUUUGCUAUAUUUUUCACAUACUUGCCAUGAUCGCAGCUAUACCCAUCUUAAUCUAUGCAAUUGUCCCUGUCUAUUGUGAAAACAAAAUCACAAAUUGUUACGAGUAUCUCGAGAUGCGUUUUAGCAAGGCUACGCGACAAGUAGUGACAGGGACUUUUGUUGGAGGCACAUUGCUCCUGCUACCCGUCUAUAUGUUCCUCCCCUCGCUGGCUUUCUCACAGGUGGCUGGCAUAAAGGUGAUGGAUAUAACCACAAUGCUGUGUUGUCUCAGCGUAGUUUGUACGUUGUUGGGCGGAAUAAAGACGGUUCUCUGGACUGAUGUGGCGCAGAGCGGUGUUAUACUCCUCUUGAUUGUAUUCGUAAGUGUGCUGAGCAUCUUACGAACUGGUGGGAUCAGCACAGUCAUUGAAAAUGCCUCGGAGGGUGGUCGAUUGAAUUUCGAUUUCAGGCUGGACCCACGUAUUAGGAUAACAUUCUGGAAUACCCUCGGAAGUGGUCUCAUCAUGUGGAUUGGUUCUAUUGGCAUGAAUCAGAGUAGUGUUCAGCGCAUCGUAUCGCUGCCAAGUUUGUCUCAUGCUAAAAAAGCUCUGGUCCUUACUGGAAUUGGUUUCUUAAUCGCCGCACUACCCUACUUGUUGUCCGGCAUUAUUAUAUCUGCCCAAUUCUUUGGCUGCGAUCCCAUGCAAGCGGGAGUGGUCAGCAAGGCGGACAAAAUUAUGCCGUUUUUCAUCCAAAACAUUGCGGGUCAUAUAACCGGACUGCCCGGAGUAUUUUUAUCCUGCGUCUUUAGCGCUGCCCUGAGCAACCUCUCGGGCCAUCUUAACUCCCUUGCAGGGGUUGUGUACUUCGACUAUAUUAUACCCCACAUUCGGCACACGGAGGGGGGCGCCAAUACGAUCAUGAGACUGCUUGUCAUUGCUAUGGGAAUUUAUUGUUUUUUGGGAGGAUUUGUUGUCCAGAAAUUUGACUCCAUUUUGCAGGCACUGGCAACCAUUGGUGGUAUUACCAUGGGUGCCAAUAUGGGUGUUUUUUUGAUGGGUAUGCUUGUGCCACGUGUGGGUAGCAAGGCGGCUCUUACUGGCGUCCUCUUCAGCAUCACAGUCAUGGCAUCCAUUAUUAUCAAGGCACAAAUGAGCAUUGAGGCCGGGCAUAUCAAAUAUGUGCCUCUACCCACCUCCAUAGAUCAGUGUGAAGCGAGAAAUUUCCCUAGAAUUCUAAAUGCAAUCAAUACGACAACCACUGUAUCCCCAUUCACAGAAAAGCCGCCUUUAGUCACCGAUGCCUUCAGCAGCAAUAGGGAGUUCUCCAUUUUCGAGAUAUCCUUUCAGUGGUAUAGAUUUUUAGGGGCACUGCUUGUUUUUGUUUGGGCGAUUCCAAUGAGUUAUGUUUGGACCUCAGAUAGGAGGGGGAAGCAGAGUUCCAAACUUUUCUCGCCUUUCGUACGUCGAUUUCUUUCAGAAUCGAAUACUGAAGAGCCAGAAGGACUGCCAUUGAAGGGGCCGUUACAAAAGAAUACCACUGAGUUGGAAAUCAAUAAAAUUUCUAAAUAA